UGCCCUCCCCCUCCUGCCGGCCGCGCGCUCCCGCUCACCGGCGCCAUGGCGGAACAGCCCGAGGAGGGGGCACCGGCAGCGCCGGCACCGGCACCCCCGGCUCCCCCCGCCGCGCUGCCCCUCUCCGCCCCGCCGGGCGGCUCCCAGCGCCUCCUGUUCUCCCACGACCUGGUGUCGGGCCGCUACCGCGGCUCCGUGCGCUUCGGCCUGGUGCGCCUCAUCCACGGCGAGGACUCGGAGGAGGACUCUGAGGAGGGCGGGCGCGGGACCGCGGCCGGCGGCGCCGCCAGCUCGGGCGGCUCCGAGUCGGGAGGCCCUGGGGCCGGCGGCGGGGAUGAGGGCCGCGCCAGCCCGCUGCGGCGGGGCUACGUGCGGGUGCAGUGGUACCCGGAGGGCAUCAAGCAGCACGUCAAGGAGACCAAGCUGAAACUUGAAGAUCGCUCAGUGGUCCCUCGAGAUGUGGUCAGACACAUGAGCUCCAGCGACAGUCAGUGUGGAACCGUAAUUGACGUCAACAUCGAGUGUGCUGUGAAGCUGGUGGGAACCAACUGCAUCCUUUACCCUGUCAACAGCAAAGACCUGCAGCAUAUCUGGCCUUUCAUGUAUGGUGACUACAUAGCCUAUGACUGCUGGCUGGGCAAGGUCUAUGACUUGAAGAACCAGGUCAUCCUCAAGCUCUCAAAUGGAGCCAGGUGUUCCAUGAGCACAGAAGAUGGAGCCAAGCUGUAUGAUGUUUGUCCCCACGUCAGUGACUCGGGUCUCUUCUUUGAUGAUUCAUACGGCUUUUAUCCUGGACAAGUCCUCAUUGGGCCAUCUAAAGUGUUCUCCAGUGUGCAGUGGCUCUCAGGUGUGAAGCCUGUUCUGAGCACAAAGAGCAAGUUCAGAGUGGUGGUGGAAGAGGUACAGGUGGUAGAACUAAAGGUUACUUGGAUCACUAAAAGCUUCUGUCCUGGAGGUACUGACAGUGUGAGCCCUCCUCCCUCAAUAAUCAGCCAGGAUAAGCUGUCCAGGGUAAAGCGUCUGGGCUGCUUUGACCAUGCCCAAAGGCAGCUUGGGGAAAGGUGCCUCUACGUGUUCCCAGACAAAGUGGAACCUGCAAAAAUCACCUGUGAAUGUCCAGAGAGGAACUGUGUCCUGGGUGAAGGAUCAGUUGCCAAAAAGGUGAGACGGCUGCUGAAGAAGCAGAUUGUGAAGAUCAUGUCGUGCUCCCCAGAGUCUCAGGGCACCAGUGAAGCCCCUGACAAAGAGUCUGCUGCAGCUGCUGACCAAAAAUCAGAAGAGCUUAAGCCUGAAUCCAAGUGUGAGCUGGAUGACUCUUCCAACAGUGCACCAAGUCCUGGGGAGAGAAAGGAGGAGCAGCCUGAAGAAACAGGCAAGGAGAAAGGGGGAGCAGCAGCACGGCAGCAGCAGCCUCCCUUUCUCCUGAAGGAUGAAGGGCUGCCUGACUACCGGCUGCAGUCCAUGGAGCAGGAUGCUGAUGAUGAGGCAGCUGAUGACACUGACGACACCAGUUCUGUCACCUCUUCUGCUAGCUCCACUGCCUCGUCCCAGAGUGGCAGUGGCACCUGCCGCAAGAAGAGCAUCCCUCUUUCCAUCAAAAACUUGAAGCGGAAGCACAAGAAGAAGAAGACCAAGGUUUCACGAGAGUUUAAGCCAGGAGACAGGGUUGCUGUGGAAGUGGUGACCACGAUGACUUCAGCUGAUGUGAUGUGGCAGGAUGGCACCGUGGAGACAAACAUCCGCUCCAACGAGCUGAUCCCUGUCCAUCACCUGGACAACAACGAGUUCUGCCCCGGCGAUUUUGUGGUGGACAAAAGAGUUCAGAGCUCCCAGGAUCCUGGGUUGUAUGGAGUGGUGCAGUCUGGGGACCACAUCGGCCGUACCUGUGUGGUGAAGUGGUUCAAGCUGAAACCCAGUGGAGAUGAUGUGGAGCUGAUCGGGGAGGAGGAGGACGUGAGCGUCUACGACAUCGCCGACCACCCCGACUUUCGCUUCCGCACCACCGACAUCGUCAUCCGCAUCGGCAACUCCGACGGAGCCGCGGCCAAGGAGGACGAGCCUUCGGUUGGACAGGUGGCUCGUGUGGAUGUCAGCAGCAAGGUGGAAGUGGUGUGGGCUGACAACUCCAAGACUAUCAUUCUGCCUCAGCACUUGUACAAUAUUGAAUCAGAAAUUGAGGAGUCAGACUAUGAUUCUGUUGAUGGCAGCACCAGCGGGGCAUCCUCAGAGUGGGAGGAUGAAAGUGACAGCUGGGAGACAGAUAAUGGCCUCAUGGAAGAUGACCACCCAAAAAUUGAGGACUUUGAGCCUGAGGAACCAGCAGCAGAGGAGGUGAAAAAAGUAGAAGAACAAGUCCAGGGAGCUGUGGCUAUGGCAGUUGCAGAUCUUGCUACAGAAAAAGCUGGCAAGGAUGGAGCCCCAAAGAGCUUCCGGGAGCUAAAGGAGGCCAUCAAGAUCUUGGAAAGCCUGAAAAAUAUGACUGUGGAGCAGCUGCUGACUGGCUCUCCCACCUCCCCAACUGUGGAACUGGAAAAACCCACUCGAGAAAAGAAGUUCUUGGACGAUAUUAAAAAGCUGCAGGAAAAUCUAAAGAAGACCUUGGAUAAUGUGGCUAUUGCUGAGGAGGAAAAGAUGGAAGCCAUGGUAGAGACGGAGAAGAAGGAAGAAAAAGCAGAGGCACAGACACCAGUGAGGUCAGAGUGGCCCAGUGAGACACCAGUGCUCUGCCAGCAGAGUGGAGGGAAGCCUGGAGUCACCUUCACCAGUGCCAAGGGAGAAGUGUUCUCUGUGUUGGAGUAUGCUCCAGAUUCCCAUGCCUUCAAGAAAAUGGAGUUCCAGCCCCCAGAAGCCAAGAAGUUCUUUAGCACCGUGCGGAAGGAGAUGGCUCUGCUGGCCACCUCCCUGCCCGAUGGCAUCAUGGUGAAAACCUUCGAGGAUCGAAUGGAUCUCUUCUCAGCACUUAUCAAAGGCCCCACACGCACACCCUAUGAAGAUGGCCUCUUCCUCUUCGACAUCCAGCUCCCCAACAUCUACCCUGCUGUCCCGCCUCUGUUCCGCUACCUCUCCCAGUGCAGUGGGAGACUGAAUCCCAACCUCUACGACAAUGGCAAAGUGUGUGUCAGCCUCCUGGGGACCUGGAUAGGGAAGGGGACAGAAAGGUGGACCAGUAAAUCCAGUCUCCUUCAAGUACUCAUCUCCAUCCAAGGUCUCAUCCUGGUGAACGAGCCCUACUACAACGAGGCAGGCUUCGACAGCGACCGGGGGCUGCAGGAGGGCUACGAGAACAGCCGCUGCUACAACGAGAUGACGCUGAUCCGCGUGGUGCAGUCCAUGAUGCAGCUGCUGCGCCGGCCCGUGGAGGUCUUCGAGCACGAGAUCCGGGAGCAUUUCCGCUGCAACGGCUGGCGCCUGGUGUCCCGCAUCGAGUCCUGGCUGGAGACCAACGAGCUGGUGGAGCGCAGCCACGAACAGGCCAACGGGGCGGAUUCUGCCUCCCUGUGUGCCGGCGGCAGCCUGGCCGAGAGCCCCGGGGACACGGCGGGGGCGCUGGCAGAGUGCAGCUCGGAGCAGGGCGCGGCUGCCGAACUGUCCGACUCGGCGCCGGACGCGAAGGAGGAGCUGGACGAGUCGGAGCUCCCGACCGCGACGCCCAACGCCGGCGACCUCCAACAGUACUCAGACUCGGAGAGCACAGGCCAAGCCAGGGGGGACCUGGCCAGAGACCGAACGGACGAGGGGAAGGCUGCCCAGGACUCUGCCUCGCAGCCCAGCGUGAAACCAAAGAAAAGGAGAAAGAGCUACAGGAGUUUCCUGCCGGAGAAGAGCGGUUACCCUGAUAUUGGGUUUCCCCUCUUCCCUUUGUCCAAGGGGUUCAUUAAAAGCAUCCGCGGUGUCUUGCAGCAGUACCGGGCUGCCUUAGCAGGGGCCAACAUCCCAGAGUGGACAGAGGACAAAUAAACCAUCAGGUUAGGGACAGGCAGGUGCAGGGGAGAAGGGAAAGCAGCAGAAAGUAAAUUGGCAAAUGCUGUUACCAAUCAACUGGCUUCUCCUUCCAGCUUUUCUUCCUCAGCUUGGUUUGUUCCAAAGAAGGUGGUAGGCCUGACUGCUCCUCUGAGGAAAGGUCGUUUAAGCAUGAAUAACUCUUUUCCCCCAACCCCUCUUCCUUCCCCCUGUCCCAUGUACGUGCUCUUAUUGCAAGUUUGACCCUGCAAUGGUAAGAUUUGAGACCUGCACAGAAGCAGUCUUGCAGCCACGUUCCCUCUGCACUUUCAUCUUGGGGCACCUUUCCACACGAGGACUCUUCCCACCCAGCGCUACACCCAGCAGUUUGUUCUGGUGGGGUUCCAGCCAGGAGAAGGGAUUGCUGUAGUUUCUGGUAAUGAAGGGCAAUGCCCUCCCAGUCUUUUAUUUUUCUCGGCGUUCCCAUGGGUUCUAUGAAGUCUACCCCAGCUUAUCUGUACUUAGACAUUGGAUUGUGUUUGCAUUGGAGUUGUCUACACCACACAGAGUUGCUCUAGUCUUAGUUGUUCACCCAUAGCUACAAGGUUCUUCCAGUCGGGGUUGGUAGGCAGGGCCAGAGCUCUGCACUGGCACUUGUGCUGCCCUGGGAGUGCUGCAGACUUUCCAUGCAGUUCUGCAGCUUCCAGGUCAGUCUCCUGGAGGCAAGUCUAGCCAUCCCCACUUCUUUUUCUCCAGAGUGAGGCAAACUUCCCUUUCCCCACCAUGCAUGCCUGUCUUCUAGAAGUACAUGGGAUUCAGGGUUCUGUCCCUGUUACUUGCUUAGGUAUCCAUAUCUUUUGUUCCCAGCCAUCCCGGCUGUCACACAGCACUGCACCCACCCUGGAUCCCGGCCUCACCUGGGCAGGCAGCAGCCAGGGACCCUGGGGCCUCUUGUAGAUCUGGAUGAGCCUGGUGUGGCUGCUGCUCCCUCAUCCAGCUGCACACGGGUGUUCAGGAGCCGUGGGAGUCAGGGUCACCCCAGGAAAGCUGUGUCAUGGCGAGGCCCUGUUGUGGCAGCACCAGUUUGUGCUGGUUCCUGUGCUGUUACAGCAGCUGUUUUGGGCUAUUUUCAGCUCCUUGCCUUGCCAGCUGUUUCCCAUGGUGGCCUGAUUGUGGCCAGCAGCACUGUGGGCCCAGCACUUCCCAUCCCUAACCCCAGCCAUGGUGCUGCUGGAAAGGAAAACACGUGGUGAGGGCAGCCUGUGUUUCACAGCCUGAGCUGGUGACCAUGAGCACUUUGAGGCAGUGACUUGCCAGAGUCCCCUGGUCAAGUCCCCUUCCUGAGGCCUCUGGUCCAGUGUGCACACACCUUCACUUGGAGCUGGGCUGUCACACUCCAGCCCUGCUGCCUUUGCCCAGUGCUCAGGCAUUGGAGAGGCACCCAUGAGCAUCCAUGGGGAGCACAGUGUCAGGGAGAGUCCUUCCAGCAGGGCAGUGGUGCCAGGCUUCCCAGGAAGGAGUCAGGCUGAGCAGAUGGCUCUGCCAGAGGUAAGGAUGGAGACAAAGCUCUCCUUUGCUUUUGCUCUUGCUCAAUGUGGCUGCAGUUCUAAAUGCAGAACAGCAGAGAAUCCCAACACGUUGGUGCAGUGCUUCUUGCUCCCAGAGCCACCAAGGGCUGCACCCAACAGCCCAAAUGCACCCCCCUCCCUUCCCCCCAGCUCCUUGUGCUUUCCUGCUGCCCCCGUGAUGCUCCUGAGCCAGGGGCUGGCUGCACAAAGCCCUUCUCGUGUCCCCAUCCACCUCUGGGAUUUUGGAAGACACGUCCUUCUGGUGCUCCGGAGGAUGCAGGGCUUGGCUGUGAUGAAGACCUGGGCUGCAGAGCUCUCCAGACACUGCUCUGUGGGUGCAGCAGCUGCAGCCCUGCUCCAGGAGCCCUCCCUGGCAGGUGGGAAGUCGGGCAGGUGCUGAUUUGGGGUGCAGAGAGGUGCUGGGAGCCGUGGGUGGGGCAGGGCAGGCUGGAGCUGUAACCACGGCCACGUUUGGGAGUGAAUGGAUCCCUUUGAGCGGAGCACCGAGUGUCUCGGAGGGCUGGGGGCAAGAGGUGAGGCCACUGCUCCAGGAAGAACAGGCAGAGGCUGAUUCCAGGCACAGCCAUGAUUAGUGAUCCAGACACCCUCUGUCCCCAGAGCCAGGCUGUGGCUGCCCCAUGACCCACAGGACCAGGGAUGGAGGGAGGGAGAAACCCACAGGGGAUGGAGGAGCUGUUGAGUUCCCCUUUUUCCCUCCUUUACUCUGCAGCUUUCAUCUCACAGGGCAGGCACCACAUCCUCCCCUUUGCCCAAAAAGUCUCUGAUCCUACACAAGAGCUUUUGCACAGGCUGGGCUCCCUCUGAGGAGGUGGAUGUUGGCCUUUGGAAGGGGACACUGCUCCCCCCGGCGCCGCUCGCUCUCUGCAGCUGUCCCAAACCCAAGCGUGCACAGAGGUUUACAAAUUUUCUAAAGCUUUUGAUAAUGUGAAGCUCCUGGGUGAUGAGGUUGGUGGUGAGCACACUGCAGCUAUGUAAUUUUUUGUGUAUGUAUGUAAUAUUUAAGGGUAACAAAAUUUAAAAGGCUAAAACCUUAAAAAAAAAAAUUUUAAAAACACACAAAAGCCAAAGCAUGAUGCAUAUUGUUAGCCUUAAAACUGGCUACACGACUGUGUGAUGUACAAAUGAGAGCAGCCUGUAACUGUUUUAAGUGCUGGGGAGGGGGAAGAAGCAUUACAAAAUCAGUUUGUAGCCUUGAUUCUGUACAGUAUUUAAUGAAUUUAAAAAAACAAACCUGACUAUUGAGGCCAUGCUUAGAGGUGUGUCGUUCACGUGCAGAUGUGGAUGCUUGGUUGCUUAUGAUAUAUGUAUAAAGUGCUGUGUGACCAUUAAAACUUUUUUUACCUGCAGAUUUUUUUUGUUUGGCUAACCAAGGUGUAAUAAAGGAGGGAAGAUGACUUGCCAUUAAAUUUUGCCUCUGUGAGUA